AACCUCGACCCGCGUCUCCUUCCUUCGUCCAAAGUCCAAACUCUGCGGCUGUAAAAAUCAAUUAAAAGUCCAAACUCGAAAAAGCCUUGCAGCUCCCAACUUCGAUCUCUAGGUCUACGCAAACCCCUAAUUCCCUGCGAAAUCGAAUUCCCGUUUCUCUGAGCUGUAACAUCACCCGGACAUGAUCGCUUCCUCCUGCUGAAACCCUAGCGCCGGCGAUUACCAUCCGAUUCGAUCAAUUAUGUCGCAGGAGGAGGUAGCCAGGAAGUCGAUUAAGCACGCGCUGAAGGCUCUAAGGAAGCGGCAUUUGCUUGAAGAAGGUGCUCAUGCUCCAGCGUAUAUCGCUCUCGCCAAUCCAAUUGCUCAUCAGGGCUCUGAAUGGAAGGAAAAGGCUGAGAAUUUGGAACUGGAGCUUCAGCAAUGCUAUAAAGCUCAAUCUCGGCUGUCGGAGCAGCUUGUGGUGGAAGUAGCAGAGUCCAGGUCUUCGAAAGCUUUACUUCAGGAGAAAGAAGCAGCGAUUGCGGAUCAGCAGAGUGAGCUCACACAAAAAAGGGAUGAGUGCUCUCAGUUGAAGGCGGAGUUAGAAAAGAAGAUUCAAGCUCUAGAGUUGGUUAUGAGUGAGAACAAUGAAAUACGGGCGCAGCUAGAAGAAAUGUCUGUUAGAGCUAAGAAUGCUGAAGCUGAAAAUAAGGUGUUAAUUGACCGCUGGAUGUUGGAAAAAAUGAAGGAUGCUGAACGCCUAAAUGAGGCAAAUGCACUAUAUGAAGAAAUGCUUGAGCGGAUCAAGGCCAGUGGUUUGCAAAAACUAGCCAUGCAGCAAGUAGAUGGUGUGGUCCGCCAAAGUGAAGAAGGUGCUGAGUACUUUGUGGAGUCAACCAAUCCCACCACAUGCAAGAACAGGAUCAAUGCCCAUGACGGUGGCUGUGCUUCCAUAUUAUUCGAGUACAACUCAGGCAAAUUGAUUUCUGGUGGACAGGAUGGGACAAUCAAAAUGUGGGAUACAAGUACAGGGGCUUUGAAUAAUACACUUCAUGGUUGCAUUGGUUCUGUUCUUGACCUUACCAUUACCCAUGAUAAUAGAUCUAUCAUCGCAGCAAGCAGUUCGAACAAAUUGUACGUAUGGGAUGCUAACUUGGGGAGAGUGCGCCAUACUCUCACCGGCCACAUGGAUAAAGUUUGUGCUGUAGAUGUGAGUAAGUUCUCAAGUCGUCACAUUGUGAGUGCAGCCUACGAUCGUACUAUAAAAGUCUGGGAUUUGCAAAAAGGUUACUGCACCAACACAAUAAUCUUCCCCAAACACUGCAAUGCUCUUUGCUUCAGCAUGGACGGGCAGACCAUUUGCUCAGGCCAUGUUGAUGGGAAUCUUCGGCUGUGGGAUAUUCAGAAAGGAAAGCUACUCAACGAAGUGGCUGCACACUCAAAUGCUGUUACGUCUAUAUCUUUGUCGCGAAGUGGCAACAUGGUAUUGACCAGUGGGAGGGACAAUGUGCAUCACCUUUUCGAUAUGAGAACCCUAGAAGUUUGUGGCACAUUGAGAGCCACCGGAAACAGAGUAGCAUCUAAUUGGAGCCGGUCCUGUAUCAGUCCAGAUGACAAUUACGUUGCUGCUGGAUCUGCCGAUGGUGCUGUGUAUAUCUGGUCUAUAGCCAAGGGUGACAUUGUGAGCACUCUGAAGGAACACACUAAUUCUGUCCUCUGCUGCUCAUGGAGUGGACAUGGAAAACCUCUAGCUUCUGCGGACAAGAAUGGAGUAAUUUGUACUUGGACGUGAUGAGCCAAAUGUUCGAAUGAUAAAUUCGUCCUUGUUUCCACAAGAAACUCAUACAUAUUGUAUACAAAUUCGAUUAGAUUUGGUGUAGAUAUUGAUUCAUCCCUUUUCUUGUAUAUCUUGGUGUGCAUUCUUCUCUCUUGCUGAUACAUAAGUCUUGAUUAUAUUGUAGCCAAUUCUUUAUUUCUUC